GCCCCGCCGCGACUCGGGCUGCGGAGCAGGAUGGAUUGUAACCGGGCGGCGGCUGUUGGCUCAGACCCCAAGAAACAUGAGGCGGGGAAGAAAGAGGGGCACCCGCAUCACCCGGGGCACCCCAAGCACAAGGACGGGCACAGCUCCUCGGACUCCAGCAGCAGCUCCAGUGAGAGCGACGGGGAGCACCAUGGCAAGCCCCACGGCCCAGGCCACGAGCACAAGAAGAAGAAGGAGAAGAAGCUGAAUAAGGAGAAGAAGCCGAAGGAGAAGAAGGAGAAGUCCAAGGAGAAGAAGAGCCACUGAUGCCAGCGCCAGGACUGGCCGUGUCUCGCCCAGACGGCACAGCUGCCUCUGGGCAGAGACCCGGCCCCAGAGCAGGGCCGCGAGGAGACCCAGCGGCUCAGCCUGGCACCCACGGCCGUUCGCUGUUAUCUUUGGAGCCUGCCCUUUGGAGCCUUAAUUGGAAAUAAACAAGCUCAGACCCACCCUU